CUUACCUCUCCUUCGGUGGACCACAUAUGGGCCUUCUGUACCCCAACUCGUUUCUCUUUAAAACUGGCCUGUGGUUAGAGAAGCGGUUGCAUAUAGGUGUCUCCGUAUCUCAGAUGGCAUUAUCAGAUCACAAAGACCCAAGACAAAGUUUCCUCUACAAACUCAGUCAGAAAAAAGGCUUGGAGCACUUCAAGAAUGUGAUUCUCGUGAGCGCGUUACAAGAUUACCUUGUUCCCUAUCACUCCGCUCGUAUUGAAAUGUGCAAAGAUGCUGUGAAGGGAGAUGAGUUAGGUAAGGUCUCACUUUUAAACAUACGUCUACUGAACAGAGUACAUGUACCACUGAAGCAGUAGCCAGUUCUCCUCCAGCCAAGACUACAGCUCCCACAAUGCCUUGCACACUGAUGGGAUUCUUUACAGGUUUGUUUAUCACAGAUCAUGCAACAGAUUAAGG